AUGCCGAAGUUGAUUUAUUUAGGACUCUAUCGAAACAAAUUAAUUGGACAAAUUCCAUCAUCAAUUUGCAACUUGAGAUCGCUUCAAGUUCUCCAAUUGUCAAAUAAUCAUUUGGAAGGGCCAAUUCCAAAAUGUGUGGGAAACUUGAGCACAUCUCUAAAUGUCCUCCAUUUGAAUGCAAAUAAACUCAGUGGCCUCAUCCCAUCAACAUUCAGAAAGAAUUGCAGUAUUGAGUCAAUCAAUCUGAAUGGAAACAAAUUGAAAGGAACACUACCCCAAACCAUAGCCAACUGUCAAGGUCUGCGGGGCAUAGACAUAGGUGGUAAUGAAAUACGAGGUGCGUUUCCCUUUUGGAUGGAAACACUCCCUCAACUCCGCACCUUCAUCUUAUCAUCAAAUAAGUUCAAUGGUACUAUGUUGGUGACUUCAAACACUGAGCAACCAUUUCCAAAGUUGCAAGUGUUGGAUGUGUCACAAAAUGCGUUUGUUGGUCCUCUACCUGAUAGAUAUUUCAAGAACUUUCGAGGUAUGAUAAAUGCCACGGAAAACCAGAUUGAUGAAGAAGCAGCAUAUUGGUUUUUAAUAUUUAUGGAGUUGAAGCUUACAUUGAAAGGAUUGGAUCAGUUAUUGGGGCGACUGCUGACAACAUUUACAACUAUCGACUUGUCCUCCAAUAGAUUCUCUGGGAGCAUUCCACCUUCUCUGGGAGAUCUUAACUCUCUUAGAUACUUGAAUUUGUCUCACAAUACCCUCAUAGGGCAUAUACCGCCAUCCCUUGGAGAUAUGAGAUUACUCGAGUCAUUGGACCUAUCUUCAAACAAACUGGAUGGAGAAAUUCCAAAUGAAUUGGCAAGGUUGACAUUUAUUGGAAAGUUGAACCUUUCAAUGAAUAAUCUUGAGGGAAAAAUACCACAGUCUACUCAACUUUCCACAUUUGGUAACGAAUCAUAUGUGGGAAAUGUAGGAUUGUGUGGAUUUCCAUUGACGAGAAAAUGUGCAGGGAGUGAUGGAAAACCGUUCAUUCCUAAAGGAGGAGAAGAAGAUGAUGAUGAUGAGUAUGGAUUUAUAGAUGGAUUUGGUUGGCGAAAUGUGGUGUUGGGGUAUGGAUGUGGAUUUGUAGUUGGAAUUGGAAUUGGUUACAUGGUUAUAAGAAGCGGAAGGCCAAGAUGGUUAGUGGAAUUCUUUUUUGGAGUUGGUUAUAAAUAUAAGACGAAGAAGAGACGCAACAGAGCUGCACCAACACGAAGGGGAACUUAG